AUGCACGCACAAUCGUCGACCGUUGCGGUCGUUAUCCUCUCCACCCUUACCCUUCUCAGUCAUUUGACAGCUGUCACCAAAGCCCACUCAUGGGCCGACUGCGUCGACUGGAAGUUCAACAACCCCAGUAAUCCCGGCUGGGGCGAUAAUGAUGGCGUCUGCCAGGGUUACUGUCGCCGCUUCCCCAUGGGCCAUGCCUUUGGAACCCUGGAUUCGGAUGACCCUUCGCGGCAUUACCAACAGGAUCACGCGAACCCAGACACAGCACCUCCUUGUGCCGAUGGCCGUCAUGGUAAAGAUGUCGGGGCCGACGAGACCUUGGCGAACCCACCUGAGGAUGGUUACGGGGGUGAUUGGGGACCGAUGACACAUACUCGGGUCGGAGAUAGGCUGUGCGUUCGUUGGCCGGCCAAGAACCAUGCUGAAAGCAAUGAGGACAAUACAAUGGUUCAGAUCAACCUGUCCAAAAACAAGGAUGGGCAGGACCCUACGCAGCAAGAGCUGUUGAGGAACACAAUUGCGGUAUUGCCGUACAAGAACUGUGGGCGGGCCUCGUCUACAGAUAAGCGGCCUUGUGGGGGUUGCUUCGAGGUUCCUGUUCGGGCAUCGGGCCGGUAUCUGCUCCAGUGGCGAUGGGCCUUGAACCCGGGCGAGUGGUAUACAAGUUGUGCCGAUAUCCAAAUUGGCGGAGACAAGGGCGACGACUAG